UGAAAAACUUUAAGCAAAUGUAUCUAGAAUUGUUGAAAUUAUAUUAUUUAAAAUUAGUAAUACUAUUAAAUUAAUAAAAAACAUAUCAUUUAUAUAAAAUCCCGCAGUGUAGCGCGGGUAUCUACCUAGUUAUUUCAAAAAGUCAAAAAUAAAUAUGAAAAGAUCAUCAAAAUGCCUAAAAUUAGUAUAAAAUCUCGGAAAUUCUAAUUUAGCUAGAAAAUCAAUAAAUUUUAUGGGGAUAAUAGGACCAAAGAUCUAGACAUUGGCUCUAGUAUUAACUGUGAUGUACAAGUUCAAUGUUUUUGAGGUGGUCAGUCAUGAGAACAACUAUGGGAAACCUAUUAUAUAACAGAGAUAAGAACCAAGAACCAAGAACCACAACAACGCUUUCAUUUCGCAAAAUGGAUACGAAAAGGAAGAUCUCGCAAUCCCGCAAGAGGCAGCAACAAGAAGCAGACGGUGAUAUUUCGAACUCAUGGAUCUGCAAGAACCCGUCUUGUAGAGCUAACGUGCCUUUAGAUGAUUGUUAUUGCAAGUGGUGUUCUUGUUGCGUGUGCCAUGCUUUCGAUAAGACCAACGACCCAACCCUUUGGUUGGUUUGUGAGUCCGAGAAACCAAACGACGUCGAGUUCUGUGGCUUGUCGUGCCAUGUCGAGUGUGCGUUUCGAAAAGACAUGGUAUGGGUUAAUGCUAAUGGGAAUCUGAUGAAGCGUGAUGGAUAUUUCUGUUGCUACUCUUGCGGCAAGGUUUCUGACAUUCUCGGAUUUUGGAAGAAGCAGCUUGUGGCAGCAAAGGAUGCACGAAGGAUAGAUGUUCUAUGUUACAGGAUAGAGUUGAGUUACAGGCUUCUCGAUGGGACUAGUCGUUUUUCUGAGCUACAUGAGAUUGUUAAAGAAGCUAAAUCUAAGCUGGAAGUUGAAGUUGGUCCUCUUGACGGGCCUUGUGCGAGAAAUGACCGGGGCAUUGUUAGUCGGCUUCCUGUUGCAAUGCAGGUGCAAGAGCUCAGCAGUUUUGCUAUCAGAAGGGCAGAGUAUUGGUCAAGCAGUGUAGCCAGAGAUUUGGUUCCUGCUGCAUGCAGGUUUGAUUUUAUAGAUGUUGCGCCUAGACAAGUGAUCCUUCGUUUGAUUGAGCAUCCUAGUGCUGAAGAACGUGGUGUGAAGGGUUAUAGGUUAUGGUGUGACAAGAAAGGAGAGACGCCUGUGGACGAUCAGUUUGACACUGAUUUGAGUAGAGGAGAAGCACAGAGGAUGAGGAUAUUGUUUUCUGACCUUGAGCCUUGCAAGGAGUACAUAUUCCGUGCUGUAUCUUACACAAGAGCUGGGGUUUUAGGUCAUUCUAUCGCUGGAUGCUUUACCAAGAGCAUUGAGAUUUUUCAGCGGAGCCGUGGUAACUCUGUGGAUGGUAUAGGAGAAAGAGAUUAAGGUCUUUGGUCCUUUUUUUUUUAAUCCUUAAUAAAAUAUGUACUACACAUGUAAGCUAUUUUUUUUAAAAAAAAAUUGUCCUAGACUUUACACAUUUAUAACAUGUAAGUUUUAGUUUGUCAAAAAAUCAAUAUAUAUACUACUUAUGGGGAUAAUCGAGACGAUAUAUCUUAGAUUUUGCUCUGAACAUGUCCAAUUGAUAUAUAGACAACAAAUUAAAUAUCAAAUACUAUUAAAUUAGGAACAUGUCCAAUUGAUAAAAUGUUGUGUUCAACUAUUAUUUCAACAAAACAUACCUUUUAAAUAUAACUGCAAUUAAAUUAAAUUUAUGAAUUUAACCACCAUGACGUGUCACGUCAGUUACCAGAGACACGUUUAUGCCAAUAUAUUUUUUUUAAUAAUAAGUGACUAUAAAUCUAGAUACCAAAGAAAUAAAAACAUUAGAAAAAUCAACUUUUUAAAUUAAAUUUAUGCCAAUAUAUAUUGACAUUCCAAACACAUAUCAAUUGUAACUAUAACUUUGUUAUUUUUAAAAAACAAUUAAUCAAUCUUUAAAAAUAAAGUACAAAAUUAAUGUGUGAAAUAACUAUGACACAAUUGUAUAGUUAUGUAACAUCAUAAAUUUAAUACAAUUAUCAAAAGCCUCUUACUAAUAAUUUAAAAAAUAUUAUACACAUAUAUAAAUUAAAUUUCUUUAACAUAUAAGAAAAAAAAUACAAAAAUGUUACAUAUUUACAUUAAAAAAAUUACAAACCAACAUUAUACAUGCGGAUCAAGAUCUAGAACUCACAAAUAUGAUUACAAAGAAACGGGCAUACGGACAAUAUGAUUACAAAGAACUAAGCGUGUGCCAUCAACUUUUAAAUGAAUAUUUUAUAAAAUAGAUUUAGAUUUAGAUUUAUACACAUAUAUGAUUACAAAGAAAAACACAAAUAUAAUUAUUAAAAAAUAUAAAUAUGAAAAUUAAAUUUCUAAAAAAAAUUAAAACAAAAAUAUACUUGCCCUUUGAAGGGCGGGUCAGAAUCUCGUAUAAAUUAAAUUUCUUUAACAUAUAAGAAAAAGUUACAAAAAAUAUUACAUAUUUACAUUAAAAAUACAAAAAAAUACAAAAAUACAAACCAACAUUAUACAUGCGGGUCAAGAUCUAGAAUCGACAAAUAUGAUUACAAAGAAACGGGCAUACGGGUCAAUAUGAUUACAAAGAACUAAGCGAAUGCCGUCAACUUUUAAAUGACUAUUAUUUUAUAAAAUAGAUUUUGAUUAAAAUUUAUACACAAAUAUGAUUACAGAGAAAAACAAAAAUAAAUUAUAAAAAACACAAAUAAGAAAAUUAAAUUUCUAAAAAAAUUAA